AUGAUGAGUUCUGAUAUGAGUUCUGCAUGUGGUUUUAAAUCAUGGGAUCUGACACCGUAUGAACAACAACGUAAACCACAUGAAUUAUUACGUGAUGGAGAACUAUGUAUUAGUCCAAAAUUAUUACAAAGUGAAUUAACCUGUCCGAUAUGUUUAGAUUUAUUGCGCAAUACUCGAACGACCAAGGAAUGUUUGCAUCGUUUUUGUUGCGAUUGUAUUGAAACAGCACUGAGAAGUGGCAACAAAGAAUGUCCAACAUGUCGAAAAAAAUUAAUAUCCAAACGUUGUUUACGACGUGAUCCGAACUUUAAUGCUUUAAUCAAUAAAUUAUUUCCAUCGCAGAAUGAUCUAGAUGAAUUUCAUGAAAAAGUUUUAGCAACAAAAUCAAAACUUAAAAGUUUAUCAUCAAAAAUAGCUUCGUCUUCAGUAGAUGAUGUAACAAAUGAGGACAGUAAGAUGAAACGACGCUCACAACUCACAAUGACAAAUGUUUCAACAUCAAAAGGCCAGGAUAGCGACAACGAUGUGAUGAACAAGAAAACAAAAUCUCGACGAUGUACAUCAAUUGAUGAUGAACAAAACAACAAAAAGAAAUCAAGUGAUAUCGAAAUCUUUCUGAAACCUCAUCCUGUCGAACAUAUUCAUCAAACACAAAAUCAACGUACGAUUAUCACAUCGACAGAUGCCACAAUGAAUCAUUUAUCCAAAUAUUUGAAUCUUCGUAUUAAAAUUGAAAAAGAUUGUUUACCAACAUCGACGCAUAUUAACGCACGUGUACAUAAUAGAAAUGAAGAUGAUUUUAUUUUUUAUGUUCAGCAAAAAAUAACAGUAACGACAUUAUCGUCCAAUUCAUUUGUUCAAAUUAAAAACUCAACGACACUUGAUAAAAUGAUUGAUACAUCUUGGAAGCAUAUCGACAAGCCAUGGAAUAUUUACUAUAAAACAGUAGACAAAUAG